AUGAACUGCCGCCCCCCCACCCUCAUGCUUUUCAUCGGGAAUAGUGUUUUACACCGCUUCACCUCUACCAUCCCUCUGCAGGAAAAUAUGGGCAUCGCGUCUAAAUGCCUUAGGAAUUAUCAGCAGAACACAGACACACAGACACAAUCGCAUGUAUACACACCCAAAUAUUUAACGAAGCUUUGCCUCUUUUCUUGGCACAGGUCAAAGCAACGUCGUUUUGGCAUGGAUACGGACCUUUGGAGUCGCAGCCAAACACCAUUUUCUUAUCCACUCAGGCGAUUCCAUCGGAUCUUCAAGCCGGCAAACAUGAUGCCCUUGGCAACAGUAAGUCCACCUCCCUGUGCGGUUCGGACUGGAAAUGGAGUUCAGUGA